CACGACCUAUCUAUGAUUGUAGUCAGCCAGCCAUACACGUCCUUAUCGAAUAUCCCAGACCCACCUUCGUCAUCAUUCGCAUAUACUUCCACUCCUUUUCCAAUAUCGCUUCAUCAUUCUCGGCCUCUAUUUUCUGUAUAUCCCAUGCACCCUUUUGCAUCGUCACUAUUUUUUCCUUUUAUUUUUGUUGUUCCAUCUCUGAAAUGGUAGCAAACUCGUCUUCUGCUUCCUCUGAGACUGAGACUGAGACAUCACUAUCUCCGCAUGUGGUUCAAGUUCAGGUGGUUCCAAAGUCUGUGUCGGAUAGACUGUUGGAAAAGUUCUAUGAUAAGUCACAGUUCGACUUUGACUAUGAACAGAGUGGGUUGUGGUCUCCUCCGGUUCGCCGAACCGUGUUCUUGAACUCACAAGGGAAGAUCUUUUCGGAGAAACAGAUGCUUGAGAGAUUGGACAGCAUAGCAGAUGCAACUGGUGGUGGUGGCAGAGGAAACAGAGUCCGUUUUGGUUCAAGAAAAUUCCUGUCCUGUUGGUUUCUUGGAAAUGUGAAGGCACGAAAUAUUUUUCUUCUCACAUCUCGUCGGAGAAAGAGCAGAUCAUCAAGCCUCUGGUUCUGAGCAGAGUAACCAAGCAUCUUCUUGAAGUUCAUCACAAGCACCGAUGGGUUCUGUUCAUGAUCUUUACGUUGCUCCCUAAUUAAAGGGGAAACGGUAGAUUUGCACCACUUCACUGAUGUUUUAUGUGCUAACGGCUUCGAAAACUGGGGGAAGUCCUUGAUUGGAGUAUGAGCUUAGAGGCAUUGAUGAUUGAAGCAGCAGAAUCCGAGGAUAGUACAAGCAAGAAGACAGCAAUUAUUAAAUGUCGAUGUCCUUCCAAUUGGACGUUGAAAUUCCAACUUCCCUGUACAAAUAGCCAAUGAGUUACACUAUCUAUAAUUGACAGUCUUCUUUGAUUGGCAUGCAGGAUUAAGUAAUCCCAACAUA